GACAUUGGUCUCCACCUCAAGUCACCACCACCACAACCACCCCCAAAUUCUUCCUCCCCCCACUUCCAAAUCCUUUCUCUCUCUCUCUCUCUCUCUCUUAAGAUGGAGACCAGUGACACAACAACAACAACCAUUAGUUCAUCAUCUCCUCCACACUCUCUCUCACCUUCAUCGUCAUCUUCUCCUCCUCCUCCACCAUCUCAUCAGGUGGUUGUUAGUCCUUGUGCCGCGUGCAAGAUCCUUAGGCGGCGGUGCGCGGAGAAAUGCGUGUUGGCGCCGUACUUUCCCCCCACCGAUCCCCUCAAGUUCACCACCGCUCACCGCGUGUUUGGCGCCAGCAACAUUAUCAAGUUCUUGCAGGAACUUCCAGAGUCUCAAAGAGCAGAUGCAGUGAGCAGCAUGGUAUACGAGGCCAAUGCCAGGCUCCGGGAUCCGGUUUAUGGAUGUGCUGGGGCAAUCUGUCAUCUCCAAAAGCAAGUUGGUGAUCUCCAAGCCCAACUAGCAAAGGCACAAGCCGAGCUCAUCAACAUGCAAUGCCAGCAAGAAAACCUAGUGACCUUUAUUUGCAUGGAAAUGGGUCAAUCUCCACAAGCAGCCCCGCCUCAACAACAACAACAAUCUUUCGACAACUUCAUGAUCAACAAUCCUCAAAUGAUCAGCUUCCAUGUCAAUAAUCCGACCUUGCUAGAUGAGAACAUGUGGGAGCCUCUGUGGACAUGAACGAUUCAACAAGAUAUAACGCUAUUGCACAGAAAAAAAUAUACAAAGAAGUCAAAGUCAAUGUGUGACUUGAAUUCGUUUUUCUGUAUUUUUUCUGUGCACGUAACAUUAUUGCAUGACGAUUCAAUUACCUAGCUAUUCUCUCCUAACUCCAAAGCUAAUUGCAACAAUGGGAAGGAGAUAUUACUGAUGAGGAAGAUAUAUGAAUAAAGUUGAUGUAUUAUUAGAGUAGGAACCAAAUGUAAUAUUAUUUGUAUGAACAAAAUAGGAAAAAAUUAUUAGGUUCUAAUAUGUUCUUUGACAAUGCGAAAGAAUUAGUUGGUGGGUCUUUUUCCUAAUUGCAUGAUAUGAUUUAAUAUUGGAAGAUAUAAAGAGGAAUUAAAAGUCUUCGUUGCAAGUCCAA